AUGGAUUUCAACGUUUUACUGCCACGCAUGGGGCUGCCAAAUCCAGAGAUGCUUGAAAAGGCGCUAUCAGACCUGGACGGCACGCUAGACAAGCUGGAAAACAUGUUUCUGAAGAGACAGCCCUUCCUGUGCGGUGAUGACAUAUCAUUGGCUGACUUGUUAGCAGUUUGUGAGCUCAUGCAGCCCCUGUGCGGCGGGAGGGACAUUCUGGAGAACAGACCCAAACUGCUAAACUGGAGGAGUCGAGUCCAGUCCUCUCUCUCUUACUCCUUUGAUGAAGGUCAUGACGUUGUCUACCGUUUCAGAGAAUCUACCUAA